GUAGCCAGCCCACUGUAGAGUGUGGAGAUUGGAGGACCGGUUGAUGUGAGGCGGGGCAGGAGGAGUGUAAACAUCGCCUGUGUUCUCACUGAGGUAGUCUUCCCUCAGUGUGACUGUAGAUGUGCUCGGAGCACCGGAUUAUCCAAACAGAACGCUGCACGCGCGCGCUAUCAACGCGUCACAUCUCACCAAAGUGCAUGACAGAACCAGAGCAGAGCGUGAACAAAACAAUUACCCGUUCCUGAGUCCUCCAGGCUGACAGUUCUGGAAACAUGCCGAAGCACGUGGAGGUAAGGAUGCACGAAAGCCACCUGGAGCCCAUCGAGACGAGGCCAAGCUCCAAAUGGGGAACAAUAUGCCAGAAGAUGCGCAAGAACCUGCUGCUCACGCUGACUGUGUUGGGUGUGAUUUUGGGAGCUGUGUCUGGUAUGCUGCUGCGUGUGGCUUCUCCAAUCGAUGACAACAUUGUCAUGGUAAUUGCCUUCCCUGGAGAUAUUCUAAUGAGGAUGCUAAAAAUGCUCAUCCUUCCCUUAAUCAUCUCCAGCUUAAUCACAGGUCUCGCUGGUCUGGAUGCAAAGUCAAGUGGUCGUCUGGGCUCCAGAGCCAUGAUUUAUUACAUGACCACUACUAUCAUUGCUGCUGUGCUGGGGGUAAUCCUGGUGCUCCUCAUCCACCCUGGAAACCCAAAACUCAAGGAGAAUCUAGGAGAAGGAGCCGAGAAUGAUGAGGUUUCCAGUCUUGAUGCCUUUUUUGACCUUAUCAGAAACCUCUUCCCUGAGAACUUGGUUCAGGCUUGCUUCCAGCAGAUCCAGACCGUCGUGAAGAAGGUAGAAGUUCAGCCUGAUUUCGAAGACACCAACAGCACUGACUAUCUGUCCAAUGCCACCAAACCACCCCCGAUUUUCAAAGACAAGAAAUCUCUCCAGUUCAAGAGCGGAAUGAACGUGCUGGGUCUAAUUGGAUUCUUCAUUGCCUUUGGUAUUUGUAUGGGCAAGAUGGGAGAGAAAGCUAGGCUCAUGAUUGACUUCUUCAGCAUACUCAAUGAGAUUGUGAUGAAGCUGGUUAUCAUGAUCAUGUGGUACUCUCCCUUUGGCAUCGCCUGCUUGAUCUGUGGAAAGAUCAUCUCUAUCAAAGAUCUGGAGGUGGUGGGCAGGCAGCUGGGGAUGUACAUGGUGACGGUUAUUAUUGGUCUGAUCAUCCAUGGUGCCAUAUUCCUGCCAUGCAUCUACUUUGCAAUUGUACGGAAAAACCCCUUCUCAUUCUUCAUGGGCAUCUUCCAGGCCUGGAUUACGGCUCUGGGCACAGCCUCUAGCGCUGGCACUCUGCCCGUAACGUUCCGGUGUCUUGAGGAAAACCUUGGUAUUGACAAGAGAGUUACACGUUUUGUGCUUCCUGUUGGAGCAACAAUUAACAUGGACGGAACAGCCCUCUAUGAGGCUGUGGCUGCCAUUUUUAUUGCCCAGAUGAAUGGAAUUGAUUUAGACCCUGGUCAAAUUAUCACUGUCAGUCUUACAGCAACACUUGCCAGCGUUGGGGCAGCGAGUAUCCCCAGUGCUGGACUGGUCACCAUGUUACUCAUUCUGACAGCUGUUGGACUUCCUACUCAAGAUAUCAGUCUGCUGGUGGCUGUUGACUGGCUUCUGGAUCGUUUCCGUACCUCAGUUAAUGUGGUUGGAGACUCAUAUGGGGCUGGCAUCGUCUACCAUCUGUCCAAGGCAGAGCUGGAAGCUCUAGACGCCCAACAUGGGAAGUCUGAUGACAUUGAGAUGAUGACCAAGACCCAGUCCUACUAUGAUGACCUCAAAAACCAUCAUGAAAACAACUCCAACCAGUGCGUCUAUGCUGCUCAAAAUUCAGUCUUAUUAGAUGAUUGCAAGGUAACCUUGGCAGCCACAAACGGCUCAACCGCGGAGUACACGCUCGUUGAGGAAGAACCUUGGAAAAACGAUUAAUGCAAGCACACAGACCCCGGCACCCCAAAAGAGAGAGAAAAAACAACCUGUAUUCAUGCACAUAGAACAAAUGGGUUUUGUAGUUUAUUUGUAUGGUUUCUAUUCUUUUCUAACAUGUUUAACAAUAUUAUAUUGUCUCAUGUAACACAACAAUGUGAGGCCAAAAGCUCACACAUGCAGCUGACAUAAUGUUAUUAAGGCAGUUAUAUAAAUUAUUUGCGAUGCUAAUAAAUAUAUACAUAAACUUCCAAACGUACAUAUUUUGAAAAGGGGUGAAAAAUGUGAAUUGUUCAGACAGAUAACAAAGCUUCUUGCAGAGCCAUCGCCCACUGUUGUUUAUAUGACGGAAACCUGCUCGUCUGCCUCCAGUUCUUUUGGCCUCACGCUGAGCUAACUUGCACGACACUGUAGCACCUCUCGGUCCGAACAAAUCUUACAGCCGCUUCUCAAAAGGCUAAUAUGGUGUUGCUAGGAUACAAAAGUAGGGACGGAGGCAACCGCACAGAGAUGGAAGGAAACGCACAAGCCGCGUUUAUUUGGAGAGCCUCCUCCCCUGGAGCUGCUUUUAUCACGUCGCUCACAGGAGUGGGGGGUUUUCUGUCAAGGAAACGGAUGGUAGGGUGUUUCUCGUAUGUAUGUUGGUGAAUCAGUGGCACAAUAGCACAAAAACCUUUCAGGCCAUUAUAUUUACCAUUUCAGGUCUUAUAAUAUGCAAUGCAUGCCUUACGUUUAGUUCACAAUAAAGCACAAAUUGUCUAUUUAUGUUUUUCAACCAAAACAUACAGUGAAAAUACAGCUGAUGGCUUCAGUGUUAAAAAUCAUCAACCUUUGAGAUUCCAGAAGCACAUCUUUUCAAAUAGCAUGCCUGUUUUUAAAUGAUUUGGUGUGGUGUGCACUAUAACCGGGACUGGCAUUAUUAACAACUCCAUUUUGAUUACUAAUAUGUCCAGUAUGCUGAGAGUGCUCAACCCAUCUAAAGUAGAUCAAUGCCUUUGCCCACACACAGUAUGUAUUCAAUUUGUAUUCUACAGUUGCUCUAAAGUUUUUCCUUCCACUGGUGAGAUAUAGAGAUAAUACUCAGGCAUAUAAAAUAUAUUCUCUUUUUUUUUUUUCUUUUGUCAGGGAAAACAAAGACAUUGCUAAUGCUAAGGCCCAGUUAGCCUGCUGGAGAGAACUGUUUACCUGUUUUUAUAAUCCAAGUAGGUUUAAAUGCCUAAUUUUUUUUUUUACUUCUAUUUUAAAUGAGCUGAAGUUCUUACCUCAGAGAGACAUCGCCAAGGCUAUUGUAACUAUUUUUAAGCAGUUUUUCUUUUGAACUUUGGAAAUCACAUCUAAACUAACUACAAAGCCAAGUAGUAUUACAAUGAAAGGGUUAAAUCAUCAUAAAGAGGAGGAUUUUGUAACUGAGCUGAGCCAAAACGCUACCUCUGGAUGUACUAUCCUCUUAUUCAUCUCUGACAGCAUCUAUCCCUCAUAUUGCAAAUGACUGUUUCUUAGCCCCGUAAUGCUGCAAAACACUCAUAGGCCCAACUUUCCAUCACUUCCUGUCGGACUGACCAAUCAAUACGCACAUUCCACAUACCUCACUAUGCCAAUCAGAGAUUCAGACAAAAAUACUUUUUCUUUCAAACGAGUGAUAAAUCCAGAUGAAAACACUUCUUCCCUGUGUAUGAUCUUUGAUCACAAGAUUCUAAAAAAUUUCUUUUUUUUCUUUCUUUUUUUUUUUAAUUUGUGUAUUUGUUUGAGAAUUAUUUUAAACACUACCCUGUGUCUGACAAAGCUAAACAAAGAUACCAACUCUACCCUUAGUAUGUCUAAUUAAAGACAUCUUGCUAUGAUGCUUUGCAUACUAAACAGCUCUUUGAUGUUCCAGUAUUCUAACCCUUGCCAAGAGAAUAAUUGCCAUAUGAGCACAAGUUCAUGUUGCCACAUUAUAUAGUGUGUGGAAUCGUAAUGUGAAUUUUAGAUGUUGUGAGUGUUACCCAUCAAAAGGCAGACGUUUGAGACUGCUGAGAUUGUUUGGUCACUGAGCGUUGAGCCACACUUGUGUUUUAUCUCACUGUUAGAAGCAUGGAUAUUUAGUGUUUUUGCACCAGUUUCUUAAAAAGCAUGAAUUUGAAGUGCCUCCUUGCACUUUGUGUAUAUAUUAAAGGCAGGGGCGUCGCUAGUGGGGGAAGAGCGGCCCUGAUCUAUUGUGGGGCCCCUCAGGGUCCUCUCAAC